UCAGUGACAGCACAACCUAACCCAACCUGGUCAGCCUGCAGAAAGGCAUGUACAGACUGCUCCGAAUCUAAACAACUGAAAAAAAAAUAGUUUUAGGUUUGUUCAUUUAGAAUCUACUGACAACAUGCCUCUAGUGGUUAUAACAGGGAUUCCCGCAUCGGGAAAAACCACUCGUGCUUCUCAACUUAAGGAGUAUCUAGAGAAGGAGCUAAAAAAGACAGUGCAUGUUGUCAGUGAAAAUGAGGUUAUCACGUCUUCAAAUAUAAAUAAAAAUGCCCUCUACCUUGAUUCUUCAAAGGAAAAAGAGAUACGCAGCAUCAUUAAAUCUCAAGUGCAAAGACUUAUAGGCCCAGAUACAGUUGUUAUCAUGGACGCAGCUAAUUAUAUAAAAGGUUAUCGUUACGAAAUUUACUGUAUGUCCAAAAGUAGUAAAACAACGCAGUGUACACUCCAUUGUGAAACAUCCCCUACUGUGGCUUGGGAAUUUAACACAUCUAGAGAAAGUGACAAAUGCUCAGGUAAUGAAAAGUACACAAGAGAAACUUUUGAUGCAUUGGUCAUGCGCUAUGAGGCUCCUGAUAAUCGAAAUAGGUGGGACAGCCCUCUUGUUGUUGUGCAAGCUGAGGACAAUUUACCCGUUGAAAAACUUGCCAGUGCCUUAUUUGAUCGGAAGCCACCACCUCCAAACCUAUCAACACAAAAUGCUCCAUUGUCUGCUACUAAUUACCUUCAUGAGCUAGACCGAAUAACUCAAGAAAUUGUUAUGGUCAUACUGUCUGCUCAGAACCUGGGUUUGGAAGGAGAUGUAAAGAUUCCAGGACACCACAACUUAAAUGUUAUGCUUAAUGGAAACAAACUAACUGCAGCUCAAUUGGGACGCCACAGGCGUCAGUUCCUCACAUACUCUAAGAUGCACCCAUCUUCCGAUACCUCUCAAGUAGCCUCAUUGUUUGUACAAUAUUUAAAUUCAUCAAUCUCAGCAUGAUCUACAAAUCAUAAAACAUUUUGAUGAUUUUGACCAACACAAAUAAAUUACGUUUUAAAAGAAUAAA